AUUGUCCCCAGUGCACAAUUAUCCCUCCACCUCCCAGCAGCUCCCCUGCGCUCCUGGCGUCCUCCCCUUCCCUGCCCUCUCGUGGGUCCCGCACUGUCCUCCCCUCUGCAUUUCUCCUCAGGGUCCCGAGGACCUGCACCCCUCCGCUUCCGUCGUCAUAGUGGUUACGUCUUCUCUGCGCCGGAAGGAGAACCGCGAACACUUUUGGAAUUAUGGCGGCGGUGGAUAUCCGAGAUAAUCUACUUGGAAUCUCUUGGGUUGACAGUACAUGGAUCCCCAUUUUGAACAGUGGAAGUGUCCUAGAUUACUUUUCAGAAAGAAGUAAUCCUUUUUACGACAGAACGUGUAAUAAUGAAGUGGUCAAAAUGCAGAGACUAACAUUAGAACACUUAAAUCAGAUGGUUGGAGUGGAAUACAUCCUUUUACAUGCUCAAGAGCCCAUUCUUUUUAUCAUCCGGAAGCAACAGCGGCAGUCCCCUACCCAAGUUAUCCCACUGGCUGAUUACUAUAUCAUUGCUGGAGUGAUCUACCAGGCACCAGACUUGGGAUCAGUUAUAAACUCUAGAGUGCUUACUGCGGUGCAUGGCAUUCAGUCAGCUUUUGAUGAAGCUAUGUCAUACUGUCGAUAUCAUCCUUCCAAAGGGUAUUGGUGGCACUUCAAAGAUCAUGAAGAGCAAGAAAAAGUUAAACCUAAAACCAAAAGGAAAGAAGAACCAAGCUCUAUUUUCCAGAGGCAACGUGUGGAUGCUUUACUCCUAGACCUCAGACAAAAAUUUCCACCCAAAUUUGUGCAGCAAAAGUCUGGAGAAAAGCCUGUCCCAGUGGAUCAGACAAAGAAAGAGGCAGAACCUACACCAGAAACUGUGAAGUCUGAUGAGAAGGAGACCACAAAGAACACCCAACAGACAGUGAGCACUAAAGGUCCCCCUGAAAAACGAAUGAGACUUCAGUGAGUAUUCGACAAGAGAGGAUUGUAAGACUUCUUGUCCAUUAUUAUACCUCAUACUGUGACAGGCUCUUGAACUUUGAAAUUCUUUGUCACAACUCUCAUUUGUAUAGAAUGUGCUUGCUCUUUAUGCUCUUUAAGAAAGGAUAUAAGGACCCUCAUGCUUUUGAGAUGGAUAUUUGUAUGUAUCUUUUGUAACCUUUCCCCUAUGGAUUUGAGCAGCCUCCUCACUCACAUAUGUUUGAAACCAAAUUAAAGUAUUUGUCUAAAUUACUUUAUCAUGACUUUCCCCCCUUAUUUCUCUCUCUCAAAUAUUUUCAGAUGCACUUUGUAAACACAAAGGAUUAAAGUAGUAAAUACAAGUUUAGUUUCUUUUUUAGUUGCAUAUUUCUCAGUAUUAAAAUAAUUCAGUUACUUAACAAUUUGAAUGGUAAAGAAAUGGGGAAAAACUCACUUGCCUAUACCAUCACCCUACAAAUCCUUUAACAGUUUUGUGAGUUUUCUUUGUCUUUUUUUUCUAUGAAUAUUUUAGAAACCAAAACUUGUAAUUAUUCUGUUCAUAUAAUUUUAUUUUAUCACAUUAUUAUGUCUGUUGUAAGCACGUCUCCAUGUUUACUUAGUUUUUAUAGAUUAUUUAUUUUAAUGAUUAAAUAAUUCCUGUGAGUGAUUAUACAUUUUCUUAAACUCUUCCUGUGUUCUACUUAGGUUUUUCCCAAUUUGCAUUAUUUUAAAUGAAGCUGUUGUGAUUACAUUUGUCUAUAAUGACUUUCUGAUAUUUAGUAUUUAUUUCCUUAGGAUAGAGUCCCAGUGGUAGAAUCACCAGACUCUUUACUUUACUCCUAGUCCAUAUUGCCAAGUUAUUUUUUCUCAAAAGGUUUGAACCAGUUGUCACUCAGCAAAAUAUGAAAAUACCAACCCCUCCAGAAUUUACUACAAAGAUGUUUUUUUAUUAUUUUAAGUGUUUGAAUAAUUGCUCAUGUUUAACUUUUGCUUUUAUGAAAUGUCUGAUUUUCUGUAUUGUGUAAGAUUUUUCUUUUAGCUUUGUAUUUUGACAUAAUUUCAGGCUUACAGAAAAGUGUAAAAAUAGUACAAAGGAUUCCUACAUAUAUAUGCCUUUUGCCAAAACUCCUCAUAUGUUAAUGUUUUUCCAUAUUUGUUUUAUUCUUCAAUCUUUUCCUGUCCUCUCCCCAUCUCAGACUCUCGAUGACAGUUGCUAUUUUCCUCUUUAUGUGUAUGUGUAUAUAUAGUACACAUCUACAUACACCUUUUACUUUUGGAUUGAGAGUCAAUUGCAGACAUGAUGCCCAUUUCCCUUAAGUACUUUUGUGUAUAUUUCCUAAAAUCAAGGAUAUUCUCUUCCAUAGCUAUAGUACAGUUAUCAAAAGUAAACUGAUAUGAUACCAUUACUACUCUGUAGAUCUCAUUCAUAUCUUACCAGAGGUGUCAAGAAUGUCAUUUACAGCAAAAGAGUAUCCUGAAU